AUUGAAAAAAUGGAGAAUAGCAGGCUGAUGCAGUCAAUGCCGAGAACACCAAAAUUUGAAGAAGAAAAAAAGACUGACAAAGAUAAGGAAAAAGAAGAAAAGGAGAGAAAUGGAAAGAAGACUGAAUUGGCAAGAGCUCAGAAUAAAAAGGCUCAAGAGAAAGAUAUGCCACGUUUCAAGCAGGGAGAGAAUCAGAUUGACACGGCCACUGAGACUUAUGAGCUCACCUCUGAACUUGGACAAGGAUCAUUCGGGGCAGUUUUUGGUGUCACUCGUAAAUCUGACAAACGCCAUUUCGCAAUGAAAUGCGAGUCGGUCAACAUGAAGCGAGCAAUUCUUCCCCAUGAAGCCGGUGUCCUGCUUGCCUUGAAUCAUCUUAAAUCGCCUCAUUUUCUGGAAAUGGUAGAUCAUGGGAUUGUCAACAAUCGAUUUUUGUUCGUGGUUCUGAAAUUAGUCGGAAUGAAUCUUUGGGACAUGCGUGCUCAUCUUCCCGAUAAGAAGUAUACAUUGACGACGACUCUCAGAAUUGCUGAGCAGACUUUGGCUGGUUUGAGAGAUUUGCACAGGGUUGGAUUCUUGCAUCGAGAUAUCAAACCUCCGAACUUUGCAAUCGGAAGAGAGGAAGAUGAUACCUACCAUACAGUCUUUCUCUUGGAUUUCGGACUUUGUAGAAAGAUUGCCAUGAAGGGAAAGGACUUGAGAACUCCAAGAAAGGAAUGUGCAUUCCGUGGAACUACAAGAUAUGCAGCGUUAGCAGCUCAUGAUAAUAAAGAACAAUCUCGCAAAGAUGAUAUUGAGUCGUGGUGGUACAUGAUUGCUGAAAUGAUUGUAUUCGACAUUCCAUGGAAGCAAUUUCGUGGAACUGAUCGUGAUAAUGUCCGUGGAAUGAAAUGGCGACUUCGCGCGGAUGAGACCUACUUCAAGUUUUUAUUCCGCAAAUGUUGCUACGAACAAAUGAGUGCCAUUCUUCUAUACCUCGAUCAACUAUCGUAUUCAAGUAUUCCCGAUUAUGAUUUUGUUUAUCAUCAUCUUCAAGCUGCAGCCAUUGUUAACAAUUGUUCUGCUAAAUCGCCUCCGGAUUGGGAUCCCAAAAGUCAACAUUACAAAGGGCCGAUCUACAAGGAAAGAGAACCAUAUAUUGUCAAGUCACUCGAAUGAAUUUCAAUAAAAUUUUCUCACUU